CAUACUUCAAUCACCGACCAUGUCCCUCAAACCAAUCAAGGUCUACUGGCGAAACCACGUCCCCAACCCCGCCAAAGUCCUCAUCAUCCUGGAAGAGCUCGACCUCCCCUACGAAACCUCCUGGGUGGAACUCGACGACCUCAAACAAAAGCCCUUUACCGAUGUAAACCCUAACGGACGGGUACCCGCAAUAACCGACCCAAACACCAACAUCACCAUUUGGGAAUCCGGCGCCAUUGUCCAGUACCUAAUCGACACCUACGACACCACCCACAAACUCACCUACGCCACCCUCCCCGAGAAAUACCAACUACUCCAAUACUCCUACUUUCAAGCCUCCGGUCAGGGCCCAUACUUUGGUCAGGCGGCGUGGUUCAACCUCUUCCACCAAACCAUGUACACCGACUCCCCCGAAUCCGCAAAAGUGCGAUACGGCGCCGAAGUCAAGCGCAUCGCACACGUCCUCAACACCAUCCUCAGUGACCGGGACUGGCUAGUGGGUGAGAAAUGCACGUACGCCGAUUUGGCGUUUGUGAUGUGGAAUCUCCAGAUAGAGUUUUUUAUGAAGGAUAGGACCGGGGAGGAGGCGUGGAGGAAGGAGGAGUUUCCGGCUUUUGUGGAGUGGCAGGGGAGGAUGAUGGGGAGGGAGGCGGUUCAGAGGGUGGUUGGGGUGUUGGGGGAGAGGGUGGUUAGGAGGAUGGUAUGA